GUUUGUUUGGAUAUCAACGUCUCCAUCUCUCGCAUACGGACUCGUCCUCUUCAGUCUUUGUUGAGUUCUUGGCAACUCUAUGGCAUCAUCAGUUCAGCCUACAGAUUCUGAAAUUGGGGAAGGUUUUGCCCCGGAUUCACUAUCUUGCAAUCCUGGCUCAGAUGUACUUUAUCUCACCCCAAUUCGGGGGAAGUCGAAUAAGAAAGACCAUGGACCCGCCGCCACUGCAGACUUCAGUGCAUUAACCGGUCAGCAUCUAAAAGGCAGCAUUCAGGAAGGAUUAGCGAGUGAUUGGAUUUCAAGUGGUAAAGAAUUCCGUGAUGGUCGUGUUAAGCCACAAGAUCCUGAGAGAGCCUGUGGAAGUAUCUCAGAAAGUAACAUUAUUGCCACUGAUAUUCUUGGCACACAAGUUGAGUCGGAGCGACCUGAGCUGUCCGCGGCAGAGCAGAAGCAUAUUGAUCAGGUGCUUGCCAUGCCGAGUACCGAGAAGGCUGCAGAUAAACUUCUCGUAGGGGAAGGUCUAAUCAACCCAGUUGGUGAGUUAUCGUAA